CGCCUCGCGCCCCAGCCCGUCGCCCCGUCACCCCGUUUUCGCCGCUGUCGCCGCCAGCGCCCGCACAACCUUCUCCCUCCUUCCGGGCUUGAAACUUGGCCGCUUGCCCACCACCCUCCGUGCCCCGCAAAGAUGCUGGUGCUAUUGGCUUUCAUCAUUGUCUUCCACAUCACCUCUGCGGCGCUGCUGUUCGUCGCCACCAUCGACAAUGCCUGGUGGGUUGGGGAGCAUUUCUACACGGACCUCUGGAAGCUGUGCAUCAAUGGUACAAACUGCACGGACGUCUUACAAGAAAAUCUUGAAGGCUAUACCACACUGCAGGCCGUGCAGGCCUCCAUGAUCCUGGCCACCAUCCUCUGCUGCGUCUCCUUCCUCAUCUUCCUGCUGCAGCUCUUCCGCCUGAAGCAAGGGGAACGCUUCGUGCUCACGUCCAUCAUCCAAAUCAUGUCGUGCCUCUGCGUCAUGAUUGGAGCUUCCAUUUACACAGACCAGCGCGAAGACAUUCAUCAAAAAAACCUAUUUUACGCUGAUACCUUGGAUGGCAGCUAUGGCUACUCUUUCAUCCUGGCCUGGGUGGCCUUUGCCUUCACCUUCAUCAGUGGCCUCAUGUACCUGAUUCUAAGGAAACGAAAAUAGGACUGUGACACCGAGUCCAGGCCCUUCCGGAAUCCAUGCUCAGAUCAUAACCUUUUUGUAUAUAAUCUUGUGCGUUUGUGUGUAUGUGUGUGUGUGUGGUGUGUGCGUGCGAGCACCCGUGUGCGAGUUUUCUGGCAAACAUUGUUCCCUUUCAAAACCAAAGAAA